CCUGUCUGUGUCAGGCACUACCAAACACUUACUCACAAUCUCACACACACACACACACACACACUCGCACACGUAUUCUCUUACGCACACACACGCAUACACACACACACACACACAAACAGUCAAACUCUCAAAACACUCUUCUCUGCGCUUUUCGACAUCUAAAAAGUAUUCCAAUGGCUGACCACAUGUCUCCAGACUACUUCAGCUGUAGUCUGUGCGUGAAGUUGCUGAGGGACCCGGUGGCCAUUCCCUGCGGCCACAGCUUCUGCAUGAACUGCAUCAGCUGCUACUGGAACGAGGCGGACUACACGGGGAUCUACAUUUGCCCCCAGUGCAAGAUCACCUUCACCCAAAGGCCCGUGCUGCGGCCCAACGCCACACUCAGUAUGGUGGCCGAGAAGAUCAAGAAGAGCGCCUUGGACCUCAACGUCCACACACUGCAAGGGAAUGGCUACGCCGGGCCAAGCGACGUACCGUGUGACUUCUGCUCCGGGAAGAAACUCAAGGCUGUCAAGUCAUGUCUCAACUGUCUGGCGUCGUACUGCGAGAAGCACCUGAAGCCUCACUACGAGUCGGCCACCUUCAAAAGGCACAAACUGGUGGAGCAGCUGGGAAACUUGGACAGGAAGAUCUGCCCGCAGCACCAAAAGCCUUUGGAGCUCUUCUGUCGAACCGACCAGAUGUGUGUUUGCGCCAUCUGCACCGUUAGCGAACACAAAGGUCACGACAUUGUUUCUGCCGAGGCCGAGAGGAGCGACAAGCAGAAACUCUUGGGAAUCUCCACAGCGGAGAUUAAGCAAAAAUGUCAAGAGAGGGUGAAGGAGCUGGAUGAGCUGAAGACUGCAGUGGAUUCUCUCAAGAACUCGGCCCAGAGAGCCAUGCUGGAGAGUCAAAAGAUGUUCGAAGACAUGAUUCGCUCCAUCGAGAGGAUGAGGUCAGAAGUCACCAAACUGAUUGGAAUCAACGAGAAGGCGGCGUUCAACCAAUCAGAGGCUUUAAUAGAGCGUCUGGAACAGGAGAUUGACGAGCUGAAAAAGAAAGAGUCGGGCUUGAAGGAGCUUUAUGGCACUGAUGACCACAUCCACUUCUUGCAGAACUUCAACUACCUGUGCACCCCCACUGAUGAUGGCUUCAUACCAAAGGUGACCGUUAACCCUGACUUCUCCUUCAUGGCCGUCAGGAAGGCCGUCUCUGAGAUCAAAGAUCGUUUGGAAGAGUUUGGCAGGGAAGAGUUGCUGAAAAUCUCCAAGACGGUGAAUGAAGUUCCCGUCUACACAACAGAGAGUCGAACUUUGGACAGGAGGAGCAGAGGCAGAGAAGACAACAUUGUAACAGUGGACACUCCUGCUAGUCCAGAACCGAGGACCAGAGCAGACUUUGUCAAAUACUUUUGUCAGCUGAAGUUGGAUCCAAUCUCAGCCUACAAAGAGCUUUACAUCUCGGAGCACAGCAGAAAAGUCAUCCGCACCAGAGACCUGCAGCCCUAUGGGGAUAACCCAGAGAGGUUUGACAGCUUUGCUCAGGUUCUGUGUCGGGAGGCUCUGUCUGGAGGUCGCUUCUACUGGGAGAUCGAGUGGAGCGGGGAGUUCUCCAUCGGUGUGGCCUACAGGAGUAUCAGCCGCAAGGGCAAGGGCUCCCUGUGUCUGCUGGGCUACAACGACAGGUCCUGGAGCCUCCUGUGCUCCGACUCGGGUUACUCGGCCUGGCACAACAGGGUGGACAAGGCUGUGAGUGGCCCCCACUCCCCGAGAAUAGGCGUGUACUUGGACCACACUGCAGGCGUGUUGGCCUUUUACAGCAUUGGCAGCGGGGUCAUGACCCUGCUGCACAGGUUUGACACCACCUUCACAGAGCCACUGUAUCCGGGCUUUGGCGUCGGAACCUCUGUCAAAAUCUGCAACGUCAAAUGAACUCUUAUAUUUCUAAGAAGAUGUUCACUUCUUUGCUUUUGGAAUAUAUAUUUUUAUAACUUUUAAACAAGUUACAUUGUUUGCUAUUUUCCAACGUGAUGAUCAAACAAUGGAUUAUCACUAUUAUGACUCACGCACGAAUUUAAUGUUAAAGCAAAUAUAUCAUUCCCGAUAUUGGCCUUUUUCACACUUUCAUCUAACAAAUAUUUCAUUGUAUGCAUGUUUGUUUACACAUAAGUCACUGAGUUAUGCAAGAUAGUUUUUAGAAUCGGAGUAAAUUAGAAUGUUUUUCCCAUUUAUGUCCCAGGAAUUUGAAUAUUCAUGCGACAUUUGUUGGCUGAGGACAUGCAUUACAAAUACUGUAUAUACGUAAGCAAUGUUGCCACACCUAUGUAUGACAUUACACAAUAUUUAUGGAAAUUUGA